AUGGCAAGACUCCCAAGUGCUGCACUGCAUACCCUGUGGAUCCUUUUCUUUUCGUAUACAACAAGUGAAGUUAUGGCUGCAGAGCAGGUACAGGAAUUUGCAUGCUUCACUGACUUUGACAAAGAGCUGGUUUGUCACUGGAAGGUACCUGCACAAAUUAAUUGCUCCAAAGAAUUUCUGCUGUACUACAGGCAAGAAUUUUUUCCGCUAAAUCACGUGUGUGUUCCUGAGAAUGGAAAAGACAGUUUAAGGUGCACUUGCACAAUCAGUCCGCGUUAUUUUGUAUCAGGCCUCACGUAUAUUCUAGCUUUACAGUUCAAUGGGACAGAUAUGUGGAAUUACAGCGUUACACCAGCCAUGGUUGUUAAGCCAAGAGCCCCCAAAAAUCUUGCUGUUGAGAAAGUUGAAAAUGGUAAUUUCAAUCUGAGCUGGGAGGAGAGCUACUCUCCUAAAUCCAUGCUCUCUGGACGUCCGGUCAUCUACGAAGUGAAAUACUGGAGGAAGCAGCACCCAACAGAGGUUUCUGUUAAAGCAAUUAACUACCAGGCAAAAAGCUUUGAAAUUGCUGCAAGCUCCUUGAGGAGAGGCUAUGACUAUGUUGCAAGCGUAAGGUGUAACUAUACAGACUACCCGGCCUAUUGGAGUGAAUGGAGUGAAGAAGUUGAAUUUCACUAUGAUUACCAAGUAACAACCGAAGACAUUCUGCAUAUGGCUGUUCCCAUAUCCUGCAUACUGGUCAUGGCAGUAUCUGUAAUUUGUUACUUCUGUUUUACCAAAAUGAAGAAAGAAUGGUGGGAUCAAAUCCCAAAUCCAGCAAAGAGCCAUUUGGUCGUAAAAAAUGUCAAGUUUUCAGUUUUGUGCUACAUUGAUGAAAUUAAGUUCCCUUUCCAUGAUUUAAAGCAGAGUCAUAUGGAAAACCAAAUAAGUUGCAAGAACUGUCUGGCUCAAAGUUUGUCAAGCCAAAACUACAAGGGAAAAGAUAACAUCAGAAAUGUUGAGAAAUCUUGCAGUUGCCCCAGCAAGUCUGGAGAGUGGUUUCCAAAAGGCAGCAGUGCAGUUUUAACCCCCGAGACAAUUCUGGUUGAAGAGUCUGUAGAAAUCUGUGAAUGUUUAACAGACGUUGAGGCUGAGAGCCAGGAAGAGACUGGUGACCAGAUCACCAUGUUUGAGCCUUGUGAGAGCAGUGUCAGUGCUUUCAGAGAGCACACGGAACACAAUGAUGUACUAGCUAGCAUGUUUAUUGAGCUCCUGGCAGAUGAAAACAACAUGCAAGACAAUAAAGACCCAGACAUCAUCACAGGUGAGAAUAAAACCUUUGAGAAACUUGGGUCAGAAAAUCUAUCACAGCAAAAUCCAAAAGAAAGCACAGCCCAGAGUCAGCAGCCAUGUGGUAUUUCUCAUACAGUCUCCCUUUUCACUAAAGCCUGUCAAGAUGACUACAAUUGUAGUACAGCCAGCAAGAAGUCAGAACAAUCAGAAGAAUCCUUUGAAUCUGGCUACCAGAGCUCCAGCAUAAAUUCUGCUUCUCUGGAUGCAAGAGAUCUCCAACAUAUGGUUCAUCAAAGCCUUUUUCCGUGCAGUUCUGAAAGUCAGCAUGACUCGUGUGUCCUGAUCCAGGAAUCUCCAAACAAACCAUCCUUUGGGACCAAAAGAGACAGAAUAAGCAACUCUGCACACAAGAGUUUUGAUACCUUUCUGUCUCUGUCCAUGGGGCUGUGUAGCUCUGCAUAUAAGAGCUUUGACACCCUUAUCUCUCCAUCCUUGGAGCCCUGUGGUUCUGCCUACAAGAGUUUUGACACCCUUACGUCUCCGUCUGUGGAGCCCUGUGGUUCUGCCUACAAGAGCUUUGACACCCUUACAUCUCCGUCUGUGGAGCCCUGUGGUGCUGCAUACAAGAGCUUUGACACCCUUACAUCUCCGUCUGUGGAGCCCUGUGGUGCUGCCUACAAGAGCUUUGACACCCUUACAUCUCCGUCUGUGGAGCCCUGUGGUGCUGCAUACAAGAGCUUUGAUACUCUUGUGUCUGCAUUCAAGGAACCAAGUAGCUCUGCAUAUAAGAGCUUUGAUACCCUUGUGUCUCAGUCUAUGGCUAACAGUGGCCUGACUCUGUGUUUUGAAAAUAUGUGCUCCUCAUCAUCAUUGACACAGUGUUCAGAGACACCAGAACUUAGCUGCGGAGAUCAAAUUUAUCAACCCCCUAGCAAUCAGACAUGUUAUACUAACUACAGAUUGCCCUGCACUGAGCUUGAUUUUCAAAACACCUGUUCAGAAGAUACUGAUUUUCCAUCUUUCUCCACACAUGCAAAUGACAGUGCAUCAACUUUCCUACCAGAGGAAGAAAUACAUAAGCAAGUAACAUAUCAAAAUGUUCAAAAGAAAGCCAAUAUAAUUUCUUGCCCCACUGGACCUCAAUCAUGUGGUUAUCAACCUUUUGAUAAUGCAGUUAAAUGUAAUGCUACAUACUGUGACAAUGACAGUGAGGUUAUCGCUAGGUCACUAUAUGAACCCUUUAUUCGUCUUUUGUACAAGAACCUGAGAGAGGCACCUCCAGAUACCAUAAUCUGUGAACCUGACCAGAGGACAGAUGACCACGUAUGUUUGAUUGUACAGGGCUUUGACUGCAGCAUUGUCCCAAGUUUAGCCUCUAGUGAGAAUGUCACACAGACCAGUGAUGGCAGCAUUUGGAUCAUCAACUCUAAUCAGCUGUCUAGUGAGAGCAAAGAUGAAAAUACCAGCAGAGACAAGCAGCUGUUGCAUUUUUUAGAGCUGAACUGUCAAGAUUUUAACAGUGGAGAAAGAACUAUAAAGGGGACAAAAGCUGACGGCUUUAACUAUACUGGUAAAGGAAUGCAAGAGAGCAGCAGUAACAGACUAAAUACUGACUUUCACUGCCGCAUGCACAACCACUUGAGGAAACUUGGAAAUGCAGGGGAAAAUAAAGAGGUGAUGGUAGGCAGGAGGUGUGGCUCAGCAGCUAGCUUACCAGAAGAAUCACUGGACAGCAUUGGGCUAAAUUUAGAAAGAAAAACCGCAGAGCCCCUGGAGCUCCUGGUCUCAGACAGGCUGACACCUCUUUUUGUAGAUAAUUGCUGUCCUGAUUCUCACAGCAUUCACAGUGAGGGUUCCAUACUGGCACCUGCAGUUAAGAAAAGACCAGUAGAACUAUUGAGGGAAAACAACAGGAAGAAUGAGAAAAAAAUGAAACUUGUACAAGCCCUUGCACAGGAGGACAACUGCUACAUGAAGGUAGCCUAG